GAUCUUGAUCACAGACUCUCACUCCUCCUCUCUCUCGUGUCUCCUCUCUCACUUUAUUCUCAUUUUCUGAAUGUUGCUUUGCUUCUUAACAGCAGAUCUGAUCUUAAACUGGGACGACAGAUCUCUUCGGAUUGUACUGGACCAUACAGCUGUGUGUUAAUGCUCAUAAAGUACUCCACAGCUUGAGUGCAUCCAUCCUUUUUUUUAUCAACACGGAUGUCCAGUUUCAAGGAGAGGAUAUGUAUCAAGGCAUAAUGACAACCAACCACGGACCCCCCUCGUAUGAGGCCGGAUUCCUUCACAACGCCUCCACGGGCACCUCUCCGGUGUACGUGCCCACCACCCGGGUCGUCACCCCCAUGAUCCCGGCGCUGCCUUAUCUCCAGACGCCCGGAGCGCCGCAGCAGAGCAGCCCGGUGACGAGCCACUCUGCCUGGGCGCAGCCGGGCGCAGACUCGGUGUCCUCGUACAACCACUCCUCCCCGGUGUCCCCGCGCUUCAGCUUCUCCACCAGUCCGCCUAUGUCCUCCGGGGUUGCCUCAGUCCGGGAAACGGCUGCGGCUUCUUACGCCAGCCCGCUAAACAUCACCGCCAACGGCAGGGAGCACUACGGCGCCCGGAGCCUCAGCGGGUCCUAUCACAGCCCCUACCCGGCCUACAUGAGCCCCAACAUGGGUGGAACGUGGACGACGUCCCCAUUUGAGAGCCCGGUCCUCCACGGGCUGCAGACCGGAGCUCCCCCGGGUGCAGCACGACACCCAAACAUAGACCUGUUCGAUGACUUCGCUGAGGGCAGAGAGUGUGUGAACUGCGGGGCGAUGUCGACCCCGCUCUGGAGGCGAGAUGGUACCGGCCACUACUUGUGUAACGCCUGUGGACUGUACCACAAGAUGAACGGCAUCAACAGACCUCUCAUCAAACCUCAAAGACGACUGUCUGCCUCAAGGAGAAUAGGCCUUUCCUGCACCAACUGUCACACCACCACCACCACCCUGUGGCGACGAAACGCAGAGGGAGAGCCAGUGUGCAACGCCUGUGGCCUCUACAUGAAACUCCACGGGGUACCACGACCCCUGGCUAUGAAGAAAGAAGGGAUUCAGACCCGCAAACGCAAACCCAAGAACCUCAACAAGUCACAAACUGGGACCCCAGGCAGCGAGGGGACCCCCAUCACGCCGAGCAGCACUCCCGGAGCACCCACCGCCACAGAGGAGUCUCGGCAGAUAAAGACAGAGCCAGACACUCACAGCUUGUACACACAUCAGAGCACACAUGCACAGAUUUCAGCCCUGCCGGCCUACAUGACAGCUCAAGGUGGGGUCCUUCCUCUGAAGAUGUCCCCCGGAGGCCAUGGGAGACGAGGAUCUGCAGAGAGCGGGCUGCCACAAUGGAUGCAGGUGUUUUGUCACAGACACCCGAACACUGUGCAGUACCUGGAGUAGACUGUCGGGGGACAAAGUCUUUGGUGCCACUAAAGAAACGGAGGUGUUGAACAGGACUGUACUGUGCGUUCAAUCACACCAGAAAGGGAAUCAAUGUAAAAACAAGAGAGAAAGAAAGAGACUUAUCUGUCACUCAUACUUUUUUUAACCAAUCCAAGGCAGGCAAAAUGCUUGACAGAUACUGUAACAGACAGUGUAUCAGUAACCUGUUCAUGUAAUGGUCUGACUUUUUCUCCCUAUUAUUUUAUUUCAAUAGUUUUCUUUGACUUUUAUAGAAUGAUGACAAACUCACAAGACAUAUAAAAGCACAGCAGCAAUAAUAUAUCAAGAAAAGCAGAGAAUUUAUAGCUUAAAGAGACAGUACACAUUAAAUGAGAAAACAACAAACAUGUCCUUUAAGAAGUUGUAUCACACAAUGCAGUGGAGGCAAAUGACACUCAUUUUUUGGUGUGUACUUUUUUUGGUUCAGUGUACAAAACAAAUGUUGACUUGGUAUUUAAGAAUCUACAAACCUCAAUGUUGGUCAGUUUGUCGUAUGUUUUAUGUUCGGUUAGGUGAGGGAUUAUAUCUGGUGAUGAGUUUUUAUGAAGAUACAGACAAUCUGGUAAAGCACUUUGCUUUGAGUUAUUUUAAAGGACAUCAAUUAGUUGUAAUAUGGUCGGACCAACAAAAAAAAAUCAAAAUCUUUGCUGAGCAAAAUUCCAUAAUUUGUGAUUUGAGUGAACUGAACCUUUACUCACCUUCAACGGACAGUUUGUCAUUACUGCCAGAUAUAAUCACUUUUUUUUUGCUAUGAAUGUAAAAUGCAGGUGUGUUUCUCAAAGACUUGCAUGAAACAAAAGCUCAUCUAUCACUCCUUAACACCAGUGAUUUGUACUUUGACCUGAUGAGCAGUCAAUGUAAUAGAAACAGCUCCCUCCAGCCUGCUGUUCCUAGAAAGCUGCCUGAACUGUUUUCCUUAACCCCUCUUAUUUAAAGUGUAAUAUAAUACAUGUCAGUAUUGACACCUGUAAGAUACUCUACCUAUGAAUAUGUAUGGCAGUAAUGACACAUAUUUUAGCUCCCUCUGCUGACAUGAGUGUAGUAUUUAUGUGAACAACUCCAGGUUUUACAUGUAUCAUUGUUUAGCCGCAGACUGCUCUGAUAAAGUCGACUGAUUCAUAGAGAAGUAUCAAGACUGUACAGUUUGUUAGAAGUACUUGUGACAAGCAAUCGGGGAAUGUAUAAAUGUGAAAUAUCCAAGAUGUAAUUAGGCUACAAAAAAACAAACAAAUAUAUGAGCGUAUAUGUAAAAACUCCACUCCAGUUUAACUGUAAAACACCAUUUGUGUUAUAUUGUAAGUACAGACACAGUGAGAGAUCUCUCAGUGUGCACUAACACUACCUUCCUCAUGUGUGCGACUGUAGCUUGACUGAGGAACUAAUAAAGACAAAGCAUUUUUUGACAUAA